GCGCUCCCGCCAGCCCCCCCUACCCCCGCGUCCUGUUCGGUCAGCCGCACAGUGCGCGCCGCCUUUACAGAGCCCGGGAUUGCGAGGAGACAGACGAUUUUCUAUUUUGUACAUACAUUGUUUUGUAUAUACUGUAUAUGAUGACUUCGGUGGGAAGUGAACGCCCCCGGGGCACUCGGGAAAAAACACAGAUUUCAACUCCACAGACACAGCCACAGAAACAGGUACAGGCAACAGCUGAGCAAAUCCGCCUCGCACAGAUGAUUUAUGACAAAAAUGAUGCAGAUUUUGAGGAUAAAGUAAAACAGCUAAUGGAAGUAACAGGGAAGAAUCAAGAUGAGUGUAUGGUAGCUCUCCACGAUUGUAACGGUGAUGUGAACAGGGCAAUAAACAUUCUGCUGGAAGGAAACUCUGACACAGCCUCUUGGGAGACUGUUGGUGGUAAAAAGAAGAGUAUUGGAAAGGAGAGUUCUGAAAAUAAAGAAAACAGGGAAAAGAAAGGGGAUCGGGAAUUGAGUCGUGGCCGUGGGACUUCAAGCAGACGAGGCCGUGGAGGAAGCCGUGGCAGAGAGUUUAGAGCAGAAGAAAAUGGAGUGGACAAUGGCCCUGGUGACAGAACCUCAGAUCGCGCAAGACGUGGCCGUGGCAGAGGAUUUGGAGGACGUGGUAGAGGCAGAGGGUCAGGGAGAUUUUCUGCACAAGGCAUGGGGACUUUUAAUCCUGCGGAUUACACUGAACCAGCUGCUAGCGAUGGCUAUGGAGCCAAACCAGAGGUUUGGGAGACGGGUCAGAGUGAUGGCGACGAUGGAACUGGUAAAUGUGCCUGGAGGAAUUCCAUGGAAGAGUGGACUGCAGAAGACUGGAACGAAGAUCUUUCUGAAACAAAAGUUUUUACUGCGUCUUCUGUUCCUACGGAAAACCACAUCACUCCGGGGCAGAGCAUUGAUUUGGUGGCUCUCCUUCAAAAGCCUCCCUCAAGUACUGACCCGGAUUCUGUGAGUUUUGAUCCCUCUUCCCAGCAGAACUUUGGCCAGGCGUUAGUAUUCACCAAUUCCCAGCACAGUUCACAGGUGACGCCUGCAAGCAACAGCUCAGCAGCUGUUAGCAGUUAUCCUCCGCAGAGCCUGUCUUCUGUCCUGGGUUCUGGGUUUGGUGAACUGGGGUCUUCAAAACUGGCAAACUCUGCAGGAUCUCAAAUACUUGAACAGCUGAAAGGCCCAGGUUUGGGGCAGUUCCAAGCCCAGAGCGCUCAACAGAGUAGCAGUACAAAUCCAUCUUCCUCAUGGGAUAUAAAACCCACCACGCCGCAGUCAGCCCUUCUCAGUCAGUUCGAUUUUAAAUCCCAUCCUGAGCCAUCUCCAGUGCUGAGUCAACUUGCCCAGCGACAGCAACACCAGAUGCAAACUGUGCCCACCCCUCCUCCUGGCCUUGAAAGUUUCUCAACCCAAGUAAAGCUCCAUGAGACCUCACCAGUGGACAACUCCACAGCCGUCAGUAAAAUGCUGCAGCUGCCCAACUUGUCCUUGGAUCCCCAGGCCAUGUCUGUACAAACCCAGCAGCAGCAGAAACUGAUUAAACCUCAGAAACGGAGAGCGCCUCCUACAUCAAAGGUGCCAGUCUGCUUUUCCAUAUUGAAAAAGAUUCCUGCAUCGGCUGUAGAGAUGCCUGGAUCUUCUGAUGUCACCGGGUUAAAUGUGCAGUUUGGUGCCCUGGAGUUUGGCUCAGACCCCUCAUUGACGGAGUUUGCUUCAAGUGUAAGCCCAGAUAGCAUGAGUCAAGCACCAAAUAACUUGUACUCCAAAAACAUCAGUGACUCUCUUAAUACCUCUCUGCCAAUAUCCAGUACGUCGCAAGAGCCUAACUACACUGCAUCCGUAAGCAGCACUUCCAGCCUCAAUAACUCCUCACAGAGCAGCAGUCCGAUUGCCUCCGUCUCCAGCUCUUCCUAUGACCAGACAUCAGUGCACAGCAGGAUAGCAUACCAAACCACCGUGCCGCCAGUGGAUGUGGUGCCGGUCACAAAUGGGCACAAUGGAAUAAGGGCACCACAGUCUAUGAAUGUUGGCCCCACUGUCCCAUCUGUGAAGUCGGAUACUUCUGCCCCCAGCCUCUCCUCUGUAGGUUCCAGUGUAUCUUCAAACUCUGCAUCUCUCCUCCCACCAGUAUCUCAGCAUACAUCUGCUGUAACGUUGCCCAGCUUACCGCAGCCCAGUGACCUCACAAGCAGCUCUCUGUCUCAGCUCAACAGCACUUUGUCCGGGCACCAAAACAGCCUUCCUGCACCAUCAGUGCUGUCCUCUUCGGCCUCUCAUGCACACACAAGUGUAGAGAACACAGUGAGCCUCCAGCCUGCCACAACCUUCACUACAGCUCAAACAUCGGUUGCCAACACCACCUCUUCAGUAGCCAGCAUGGCUAGCAGUAUGAACACUACGAACAGUCUGGGCCUGAGUGCGCCAAGUGUCAGCAUGCCAGCAGCAACCACGCGGACUGUCCCAUUAGUAUCUUCAGGAAAAGCACCUCCGAACCUUCCUCAGGGUGUCCCCCCGCUGUUGCACAACCAGUAUAUUGUAGGACCUGGAGGGCUUCUUCCCGCUUACCCACAGAUUUACGGAUAUGAUGAUCUCCAAAUGCUGCAAUCAAGGCUCCCAAUGGAUUACUAUGGAAUUACAUUCCCAGCUCCUGCUACACUGACUGGCAGAGAUGGAGGUCUUGCAAGUAACCCAUACUCAGGUGAUGUAGCAAAGUUUGGCAGAGCAGACUCUGCUUCUCCUGCUCCUGCCACAACACUGGCCCAACCUCAGCAGAACCAAACUCAGACACACCAUACGGCUCAGCAGCCCUUCCUGAACCCAACGUUGCCACCGGGCUACAGUUACACUGGAUUACCUUACUAUGCUGGCGUGCCUGGAGUACCCAGUGCUUUCCAAUAUGGGCCUACAAUGUUUGUACCUCCUGCUUCUGCUAAACAACAUGGAGUCAGCUUAAAUACAGCAUCAACCCCUUUCCAACAGGCCGGUGGGUACGGACAGCACAGCUAUGGUGCAGUCAGUUUACCUUUUUUAGGUUAUGAUGAUCUCACACAAGGAACAGCUGGAGACUACAGCAAAGGAGGAUACAGUGGGUCAUCUCAAGCACAAAGCAAAUCUGCAAGCACUGGACCUGGCAAAGGUGUGUCAGUGAGUUCCAGUAACACAGGAGUUCCUGAUAUCAGUGGCUCUGUCUACAACAAGACUCAGACGUUUGACAAGCAGGGAUUUCAUGCUGCAACACCGCCUCCCUUUAAUUUACCAUCGGCUCUCGGAUCCACUGGGCCAUUAAACCCUGGUGCAGCUGCUGGCUACGCUCCAGCUCCUUUCCUCCAUAUUUUGCCAGCUCAUCAGCAACCUCAUUCUCAGCUGCUGCAUCACCACCUCCAGCAGGAUGGACAGGGUGCAUCCGGCCAGCGCAGCCAAGCAAACACAAUGCAGCAGAAAUCUCAGACGAACAAGACUGCCUACACCCCGUCCCCAUACUGGACAAACUGAUCCCUUUCAUGUGGAAGGAAUACAUUUCAAGCAACAUAAAGGAAGAGUAUGCUAGAGCCCAUUCCUGGAAGCCACUGCUAAUCGGAAUAUUUUACAGAAACAAAACUGUGACCAGCCAAAACGUCUGUGCGGGAGAAAUCUGCAAACACAUCUUGGUGUGAAAGUUGCCCGCUUUCCUUUUGGUUUGCUGUUAUAUGUAAUAUAUUUAUGUAUGUAUUUGUAAAUGUAAUAGAGCCUAAAUGUGGUUUUUCUGCAUUUUGCAGCCUUUUUUGUUUUUUCUUUGUAGGGGGCAUUUGAUCUAACAUAUGCAUCCAGUGCAAAUAUAUAUAAAUAUAUAUAUAAUAUUAUUUUUUGUUUUAAACUCCUUGGUUUGUUAAGGAAAGUGCCAUUUUAAAAGAAAAAGGAAAAAAAGCAAAAGCACCUCUUAUUUAAAUCCAAUUAAUGUUACUGUUCAGACAGAUUAAUCCCGUUUCUGUCUUUUUUUUUUUUUUUUUUUUUUUUUUUUUUUAAAUCUAUGGAAGAAAAUUAAUUUGGAACCAUUUGUUUAUAUUAAAGAAGUAUGGUCGUCCCCUAAAUCCUUCUGUCGGUCUUCACUAUCAUAACUUUAUUUCACUUUUUUUUUCUUUUUAAUUUUAUUUUAACAAAUAAAGUGUAAGGAGCAACUGCAGUA